CAGUUCUGUGGUGUUUUGGGUCACACAUUUAUGGAGUUUCUGAAGGGCAGUGGAGACUACUGCCAGGCUCAGCACGCUGCCUAUGCAGACGAGUGAACCGCCACACGCGCCAUCCAUCCGACACACUUGAGCCACAGGAGGAAUCUCGGAGCGUUGGCGGAGCCGGGACGCCUCCCAGAACCAGCGACAACUCGGCCUGGAUGGGGUAACUCCACUCGCUGCACACUGCCCUCGUCGGCUCCCACCUGGCCAGAAGCACGGUGGAAGCAGCCUUUUUUUCCUUUUUUUUUCUUUUUUUUACUUCCCUUUUUCUUUAGUUUUUCUCCCAGAAACGGAGGGCUUUGAGUUCCUGUCCCCUCUCGUCUGCCCUCCUUUCAGCUGCCAGUUCCCUCAACACACCCGUUGAUCAUUUCUUUUAAGCUUUUACUUUUUUUUUUCUCCAACCCCCUCCCAAAACGUUGCCAAGCUCAAAGAUCGGAGGAUUUUUUGUUUUCCGGGCUUCCCGAAGCUCACCGGACAUUUUGUGUUUGACAUUCCCUCCGAGUUUAACUGUUUACAGUAUAGUUUCGGCUCUGUGGAAUCCGCUCGCUCUCCGUCGAAAUACUUUUUUUAAAAAGUUUACGUUGUCACAAUGGCUCGAAUGAACCGACCGGCCCCCGUCGAGAUCACCUACAAGAACAUGAGGUUUCUCAUCACCCACAAUCCCACCAACGCCACCCUGAACAAGUUCAUCGAGGAGCUGAAGAAGUACGGCGUCACCACCGUGGUGAGAGUCUGCGAGGCCACCUACGAUUCCACCCUGGUGGUGAAGGAAGGAAUCCAAGUUCUGGAUUGGCCGUUUGACGACGGGGCCCCUCCCUCCAACCAGAUCGUGGACGAUUGGCUGAACCUGCUGAAGCUGAAGUUCAGGGAGGAGCCGGGCUGCUGCGUGGCGGUGCACUGCGUGGCGGGGCUGGGGAGAGCUCCGGUCCUGGUGGCGCUGGCCCUGAUCGAGUGCGGGAUGAAAUACGAAGAUGCUGUCCAGUUCAUUCGACAGAAGCGUCGAGGAGCGUUCAAUAGCAAGCAGCUGUUCUACCUGGAGAAAUAUCGUCCAAAGAUGCGCCUGCGCUUCAAAGACUCCAACGGCCAUCGCAAUACCUGCUGCAUCCAGUAGAGCCCAACCCUGAGCCGCGCCAGCCCCCCCCCCCACCCCCACCCUUCAGAGGGCUCAGCUCCAUCGUGCUAGCUAAUC